CCGCUCACGUGAACUUUGGAAAAUAAAGUUUUGAAAUUGCCAGGAGUGAGAUGUUUUGACCUGUUCAGCCACUAUACAUACUAAAAUGGGUGAAAUUACAAAUUCUCAAGAAUAUCAGAGUUUCCGCAGCACAGUGCCUUUAAGAACAAUAAUAGUUGAUGAUGAUGAUUCAAAGAAAUGGUCACUUUAUGAUGCGGGUCCUAAAAGUGUGCGGUGUCCUCUUGUGUGUUUCCCUCCUGCUAGUGGAUCCGCUGAUGUUUUCUUCAAACAGAUACUACCCCUAACAGCACAGGGCUAUAGGGUUAUUGCAGUAGAUUACCCCAUCUAUUGGACAUUGCAAGAGUUUACAGAAGGCUUCAGAAAGCUAUUAGAUUCCCUUAACCUCGAUAAGGUCCAUUUAUUUGGUGCAUCACUGGGAGGUUUUCUUGCUCAAAAGUUUGCAGAACACACAUACAAGUCUCCGAGGGUUCACUCUAUGAUUCUCUGUAACAGCUUUAUAGAUACUAACAUAUUUCAACAGACCCAGUCAGCACAUUCGUUUUGGAUGCUACCUGCACUUGUGCUCAAGAAGAUGGUGAUGGGGAAUUUUGACAAGGGAAUAGUGGAUAGUGGUAUAGCCGAUUCCAUAGACUUUAUGGUAGACAAGUUGGAUAAUCUAGGACAGCAAGAGCUGGCAUCCAGACUUACCAUUAACUGCCAGAAUGCUUACAUAGAACCCCAGAAACUUAACCUUGUAGAAGUCACUGUUAUGGAUGUUUUUGACGAAUGUGCCUUAUCACAAGCAGUAAAAGACGAAAUGUAUAAAUGUUAUCCCAACGCUAAAAGAGCUCAUCUAAAAACUGGUGGCAACUUCCCAUAUCUCAGUCGUAGUGAGGAAGUUAACAUUCAUAUACAGAUACACCUGAGGACAUUCCUAAAGAGUAGGUUUAGUGCACGAGAAGAGUUGCCAUCUGAAACGCCAUCUAUUAACCCAGAACCAAGCACAUCAAAAACAGAACCAGCAACCGCAUCUGCUGGCGAUGGAGAUUGAUAGAAGAAUAAACCAAUGCACAGAAGUACAAUAAUUCAUGUGUGUGUGUGUGAUAUGACAAUAGACAACAAUGAUGCGUUUUUCUACAAAGUAGUGGCCAAGAUUGUAAUCAAAAAUAAAAAUUACAAUUUAAUUAGUAUUUAAUCAGCAUUAAUAGUUCAACCCUGCUUGUUAUUAUUCUAAUCUGGUAUAGUAGCCUAUCUAUCAUAUUAAAUUUGAGUUUCAAGAAGAGAUUUAGAAGUGGCCAAAAUGGAUUGUGCAAUAUAAUAGACUGAAAUAUAAAAGGAUACAAUGCUGAUGAUACAAAUGUAACAAUAUAAUAUACCUCCCCCAGUGAACAUUAUUUUAUUUUGUGUA